GUGUAGAGGAGAGGGGACGAGAGGUCGAGGGUUUGGCAGAACACGAGUGGGGACUGGCAGCGGCGGGGGGCGAGGUGGAUCGGAUGGCCACGCUGCUGGAGCGGGAUCCCGGGCUGUUGAACCGGCGGGACCCGGUGAGCGGACUGACAGCGACUCACUGGCUGGCGAAGCGGGGCGAUGUGGAGGCGCUGCUGGAGCUGCGGCGCCUGGCGGGGAGAGCCGGCUUGAGGCUGGACGUGGACUUGCGGGCGGGCGGAGCGGGUUACACGCCCCUACACCUGGCCGCCAUGCAGGGCCACCACAUGGUGAUCAAGCUGCUGGUCGGCGCCUACAACGCCAACGUGGACGCCCGGGACUACGCCGGCAGGAAAGCCUGGCAGUACCUGGGCAGCGGGACUCCGGGGAAACUGCGGGACCUGGCGGGGGCUCAGGAAGAGGAGCGCCCGCCCCGGACUGGAGCCCAGCGGGCGGAGCAAGCCCACGGGCCGCAGAAAAAAACCCAGUCCUUUGCAAUCGUCUCUAUGCAGAACUUCUUCCAACUCAAAUACUGGCGCCAGUGGAGGUCCCAGCGCAGCGCAGACUGAGAGCCAGCGGCGGCUGCAAACACACAAACACUGGCAUUGCUAUAGCGCCAGACACGUCCCUGGUUAU